AACACGCACGCAGACUCGCUCAUGGUCAUGGCUGAAGCUGUCUACCAACCAAAUCGUGAACCGUGGUUUCCCGGCGUCCACCUCGCCGUGCCGUCGGUGGUUUCCGCCCGCGCCGCCGCGACCGCCAGUACAAAAUCCGUCGGCCUCCGUGUUCCCCUAGGCUACCUGGCUCUCGCUCCAGGCGGCCGCGCGGGUCCGCUCAUAAACCUCUCGCCCGUUAAACCCUAGCAAGCACCUCCCCGCCGCGCCGCCCCUCUCGAGCCUCGAGUCACCUCCGGAAUGGAGGAAGAUCGGCAGCAGGAGCCGCCACCCGCGGAGAAGGCGUCCUCCUCCUCCAGCAGCGGCGAGAAGAAGGGGUCCCCGUGCGAGGAGUGCGGGGAGCAGCCAUGGAAGUACCGGUGCCCCGGCUGCGCCCGCCUCACCUGCAGCCUCCCCUGCGUCCUGGCGCACAAGCGCCGCACCGCCUGCACCGGCAAGCGCGCCCGCACCGACCCCGUCCCCCUCGCCCAAUUCGACGACAACCAGCUCAUCUCCGAUUACAACUUUCUGGAGGAGACCAAGCAGGCCAGGGAGUCGGCGCACAGGCUCAUCGGCGGCUUCGGCCGCAACUUCGGGGGGCAAGGGGGCGCCCAGCUGCCCAGCUGGCUGUUUUUCCUCCGCAAGGCCGCGCAGCGCAGGGGUAUCAGGCUCUACUUCCUCCCCAGGGGCAUGGCCAGGAGAGAGCACAACCGUUCUCGACACAACUACAGAAAGGAUUGCAUAUACUGGACACUCGAAUGGAAAUUCAAUUCAACAGAUGUUGUCCUAACUGACCAUGAAAUAGAUGAGCAUACAACCUUGCUCUCUUUAUUGGAAAAACAUCUUAGUCCUGGCCCUUGGAAGGAUCAGCUUACACAAUAUCGCAAUACAGAACUUCGUGAUCUGAAACUGUUCAUUCAAAAGUCUGCCAAGGAAUCAGAAUCACCAUACCGUCUACUCAAUAUAGAAGAACCGUUGCGACCACAAUUGAGGGGUGUACUUGUUGUCGAGUAUCCAACUAUUAAAGUAUUUCUUCCAUCAGACAGUUGUGACUUCGAAGUUGAGAAAGUGGCAAACAAGCUUGUUCAAGAUGGGAAAACCACUGGCAGCACAACUGAUGAUCCACCUGUAGAAGGCAACAAGUUUCAUGAGGAGGAAAUAGAGGAAGGUGAGUUUUCACCUGAGACGGAGAUUAUAGAUCUCAAGGACUGCGGACCUUCGAGUGCCAGUAAACUUACCGCAGCAGAGGUUACAGGUGAAUCAAGGAGGGAUAGCAAUGUUGAUUCUUCGGUGCUCUCAUAUCCCAGCAAUCAAGCAAUACGUGGUCAGCAGAAAGAACUGAAUCAAUAUAGCAAGAUGUCAUCAAAUGGAAGCUUUGGGGGUACAGAAACUAAAUCCCUAAUGGAAGUCUGUCCUCUAAGCAUGGAGAAGGCUAGGGAAGGUGAGUUGUCGUCAAAGGGGAACAUUGUUGAUUUCAAGGAGCAUGGAACUUCAUAUCCUGACAGCCUUAUGGAGGCAGAAGGUGCAACUCUAUCUGAGAUUGACAUCAAGAUAGAUACUUUAGUGCCAUCUUCCAUCAACAGCCUUGCCCCUGAUGGUGCGACUGGUCCUCAGCAUGAACAUAGUCAACAGAGCAGAAGGACACCAAACUCAACUCCUGAAGCUCUGAAAAGGAAAUCUUGCAUGAAAGUUUAUCCACUGGACUUUGACGACAACAAUGGUGGGCUGUUCCCGGAGGUACCCGACUUGGUCUUUGAGCAAGAAAUGAUGGAUACCUACCCAGAACUGUUUGGGGAUAUGGAUGUUGACGAUUUCUUAAGCUGUGAUUUUGAAAUGAUGACCGGAGACAAAUCGGUGGAAGCAAUGUCUGGGUUACUGUGGGAUGACUUGGAGGAAGGGGAGAUUCCAACAAUGUGAAGGGAGAAGACAUGAUGCUUCAGAAUUUGUGCUAGUUGGAGCAAACGAGUCUGCCUUGUGCAUUUCCAGGGACGUUCUGUAACGUAAUGGUAGAGCACUCACAUGAUCCUGCAUCUACACCAAGGAGUGUUAUGCAGAUUCUGUUAUUCUUUAUAAGAAUUAUUUUGUUCAGUUCCUGUAAUUUUUUUUUUUUGCACCUGCCGUUGCCAGACUAGCAUAGUCUCGGGUGCCCUUGGAGCAAGGUAGCCUGUUGGCUGUUGCUCUUGCUCCUUGCUGCAGAAAUUUUCGGGCUGUAACUUUGUAAUGCUUGUUAGUUACUGAGCAACUCUGAGUUGAAUCCAACAUUGGGCAUUAUUAUAAGUUGUAUAUGUCGUA